AUGGAGGACGAGCUGCGACCUUUGCCCGACCACGACCACGAACCAGACAUGCGACAGCGCGCACACUCGGUCAUGCCUCCCCGACGCAGCGGCACCUACGACUCGCGCACGGACCCCCGCGGCCGCCCCAGCCCCGUCGCCAGAGCACCUCGGCCCCCCCCGCCUGCCCAGCCCUACUACUCGCAGCACGACGCGUUCGGUGCCCAUGCCUACAUCGAGCCACGCGCACAGCCGAUGCCGCCCCCGCCGCCCAGCUGGGGAUACCAGCUCCCGCCUCCCCAGGGCUAUGCCCCCCAGCGCACACAGCCACCGCGCUCUCCCCCGCCCAGCCAGUACGAUCCGCGCUACCACCGCCAGCCCUCGUCGUAUCCGUACCCGCCCUCGGUCCCGUACGGCCAGCCCCCGUAUCCCCCCGGUCCGGGUGGCCCGACAGUCGACCCCACGAUCUUCAAGCCAGACCCCUACGGCCGCCCCAUCCCCACCUCUCCCCCCGAUCCAUCCCGCCCCGACGUCCAGAUCACAUACACCGACGACUCGGCCACAAAGCUUACCCAAUACCUGCGCCGCCGCUGCUUCAACUGCCGUGUCACAGAGCCCCCUGGAUGGCGCAAGUCCACCCUCAACCCUGGAAAAAUUGUGCGCAACCCACUCGGUUCUUUGUCCUCUUUCUGA